CACUGCCUUGCUCAUCCCUAAUCAGCUACAACCAAACGAGCAUUUUUGUACGCGUUUUUUUUUCAUCAAGUAUUUUCGUUGCUCUUAAAUUAAAAUAAUAAAAUGGAUGUGCGUCCAAAUCAAACUAUUUAUAUAAACAAUCUAAAUGAAAAGAUUAAAAAGGAGGAGCUUAAGAAGUCGCUCUAUGCCAUUUUCUCACAAUUCGGCCAAAUACUCGAUAUUGUGGCGUUGAAAACAUUAAAAAUGCGAGGACAGGCAUUCGUCAUAUUUAAGGAAAUUGGCAGUGCCUCGAACGCGCUGCGUACAAUGCAGGGCUUUCCGUUUUACGACAAGCCCAUGCGCAUUGCCUAUUCCAAAUCCGAUUCGGAUAUUGUGGCUAAAUUAAAGGGCACCUACAAAGAGCGACCAAAGAAGGUGAAGCCGCCAAAGCCGGUGCCGGGCGUCGAGGAGAAAAAGGACAAGAAAAAGAAGCAGAGCAGUGCCGAAAAUUCAAAUCCAAAUACACAAACAGAGCAGCCACCAAAUCAAAUCCUAUUCCUCACCAACCUGCCGGAGGAGACAAACGAAAUGAUGCUCUCAAUGCUGUUCAAUCAAUUCCCCGGCUUCAAGGAGGUGCGCCUGGUGCCCAACCGUCACGACAUCGCCUUUGUGGAGUUUACCACCGAGCUGCAGAGCAACGCAGCCAAAGAAGCGCUUCAGGGCUUCAAAAUCACUCCCACGCACGCUAUGAAAAUCACGUUUGCCAAAAAGUAAACUCAGCACAA